AUGUAUCGCUAUGUGGCUGGAAAGCAGACCUUUUAUCCCGAACCACGGGACUCGGAGGACGGAUUCUGGGUGGACAGUCCGCAGACCGAUCAUGGGCGAUCAACAACGUUCAACAACAGGAGCAAAGACAGCGUGGCUCAGCGGCUGUGUCAGGCCAUUGGACUCCAGUCCUUCAUCGAGCGCUUCGACGCUUGUGCGGGACUGGAAGCCACUCUACGACUCGUGGCCAGAGAGGUCCACACCUUCUUCGCCUUCCAAGCCUGCAAAGUGCUUCAACGCCUUGCGAAGAAGUUUGGGGCAGCACCCUCCAAGGAUCAACGCUUGCAGUUGCUCUUGGACAGGUGUGCCUCCACGAUGUGUGCGGCGGACGGCAUCUCCCUGGGUCGCGCCUUGUGGUCCUUGGGCCGCUUCCGCCUGCGCCACAACGGAGUCUUGCAGGCAACAGCUCAGCGGCUGCCUGAAGUCAUUUCGGAUUGCGGACCGAUUACCAUCGCAACGGUCUGGCAUGCGUUCGAGGUGCUGCAGUUUGAGGACCCCCACUCCUUGGAGGCCUUGGCGCAGGAAAUGCUCCGGCGGCUGUGGGACUGUGACCCACCGGAGGUGUCGAUUGUGUUGCAUGCGGCGGCGCAACUGGACUUCGCAAGUCGAAAGGAGUUGUUUGAGAAGCUCUUGGAGUAUGUGCGACAGCAGGAAGGCAGCUUUUCACUUCGCCACUUGGCGGUUUGCUUCCAUGCAGCAGCGAAGGUGGGCCUCCGAAAUGAGGCCUUGUGCCAGAUCGUGGUGACACGCUUUCGUGAACACAUCACUGACGCGGAUGCUUUAGCAUUGACGAGCGCAGUAUAUGCCUGUGGCCUUGUGGCGUACUUUCAGCAAGACUUCUUUGAGUCCGUGGCACGUUGGCUCCUCUCUCACCUCAGCCGUCAUCACAACCGGAUCGAGUCGCAGCAGAUCUCCAACAUGGUCUAUAGUUUCGGCAAACUGGGCUUCAAAUCGGAGCAGACCUUGUUGGCUUGUGCUCAAAAUGCCAUGCAGGACUUUUGGCGAUUCAAGCCCCAGGAGCUCGACAAUCUCACCUACGGCAUGGCCCUGUUGAAGUGGCGCCAUGAUCCGUACCUCAACGCCUUGGCCGUGCAUUUGGUCGAAGGAGGCCGGGUCAGUCAGCUGGAUUGUCAAUCCUUGGUUUCAAUGGCCUACUCCAGUGCGCUCUUGGGCUUUGCUAAUCCCGUCAUGCUGCGUGCAUUGGGAGACCAUGCGAUCCCGAAGCUCCCUCGCUUCAAGGCAGAGGAGUUUUCCAUCAUGGUCUACUCCCUUGGCGUGCUGAACUUCAGGCAUCAUGACCUUCUCUCCACUGUGGUACACUUGGUGCCACCUGCACUGCCAAAGUUUACCACGCAAAACAUGUCAAACCUUCUACAUGGCCUUGGACUAGUCACCUUCGAUCGUGACGACGACUUUGUGCGGGCAGUUGCUGACCACUUGGCUUCGCGGUUCCAUGAAGCCACUGCCCAGGACAUCGCGAACCCAGUGACUGCGUUGAUGCGGAUGUGCAUUCCUCAUGACCGUUUUUUCCAGCAGACGGCUGCCUUCAUCACUUCGCCUUCAUCCCCGUUGCCGCUGAAGGAUUUUACUCCACAGGAGAUUGCGAACACCAUCUAUGGUUUCGACGCCUUACAGGUGUUUGAUGAGACCCUCUUUGCACAAGCUCAGAGAGAGACCUUGAAGCGAGUGGAGGAUUUCAUCCCUCAAGAAGCUGCCAAUGUUUUGUGGGCCUUUGCCAAGCAAGGUUUUGGCAAUGCUGACUUCUUCGAAGAAAUCUUGCGCCGCAUGGCACCCUUUGCUGAGGCUCAUCGACCAGUUGGGCAGCAGCGAAUGGCAGUGGAGUGGGGCGCUGAGGACCUGGAGAAGCCCCUAGCAGCAUUGAGGCCGUGGAGACAUCAACUGCCCUCCUAUGAGCGCAUCGAAAGUGUGUUCCGCAUGAGAUUCUUGUCAAAGAUCAAGCAAUUUUUGAUGUCGCUGUCACCCAGCACAAACAUUCCAAGUCCUACGCAGUACCAGAAAGACUUUGCAGCUUGGGACCUUUAUCAGGUGGGACCCGACUACACCCAAGAGCUCUUGGAGUCUGCGGGUGUGCUGCGUUUUCCCUGGCGUGAUGAGGAGGCACUGCUUCAGCACUACGUGGGCACUGACGCGGAGUCUUUGCUGUCACGCUAUGGAGAGAAGCUGUUGAUCUCGGUCUUACCAGCAGCUCGAUGGGUAUCCAGCUGGUUGCGCUUUCGCUUGGUGUUGGCCACGGAGGAGCUGGUUCUGGAGGAUGCCUUGCUGGUCGAACCAGCACAUCCCAAGGAAGAUGAUGAAGCAAACCAACGUCGCUUCAAGGCUGAAGUCUGGCGAGAACAGAUCGUGGAUUUGCCUGGAGGCAACGGCCAUGCGCCCUUUCGCCCAGUGCUGUUGAGCACCUUCCUGGGCAAUUGGCGUCACCGCCAUACGGAGCUCGUGGCCUUGGACCUGGUGGUGGAUCGAGUGCUGCGGGCCUUGCAACGAGGUCUCUGGAGGUGGGCUUCCGGGAGCUCCGAAUCGGAAAGAUCUAUGGGAUAUACGAAUAACAUGGGAAUGUAA